AAACAGUAAAAAUUAGUGGAUCAGGUUUAUCACAUGUACAGAAAUAAAACAUAGGGGAGCUUUAACAUAUUGUAUUUUAAAUAUGUGAUACAUUUGCUUUGGUGAAUUUGAAAAUCACAUCUUCCUGUUCUUUCUUGAGCAAAUCAAAAUCUGUAGAUGAGGUAGACAGGACCCAUGGUUAUUGAGAUGGGAGGAGUGUAGAGAAAUACACUCUUUGUUUGUUCCUCGUCUCCCUUGUCACACGCUCAUUGCCUCCUACAAAGAAGACUGAAUGAUCCAACUAUGUCUCCUUUUACCAUGGACUUUGGACUUGCAUAUGAUGAACUCAACUUUACUUAUAACGACUCAGGGUUCACCCUAAACCCCGAUACGCAGCCAUGCCACUUCUCCAUCCCAGAUGCGGUGACCUUUGCUGUCAGUGCGUUUUACAUCCUCAUCUUUCUGCUGGCCAUUCCUGGAAAUCUGGUCGUGGCGGUGGUGAUUUCCCUUUCCAAGCAGUCGCUGUCUCCCUCUGACCUCUAUCUCCUCCACCUGGCAGUGGCCGACCUCAUCCUGGCCAUCACUCUCCCAUUCUGGGCCACCUCUGUUACGCAGGGUUGGGUGUUUGGAGACGCCAUGUGCAAAAUCAUGACCGUCCUCCAAGAGCUGAGCUUCUACUCGAGCAUUCUCUUCCUGACUUGCAUCAGCAUGGACCGUUACAUGGUGAUCGUGCGAGCUAUGGAGACUCGCAGGGCUAACCGGCAGCUAGCCAUUGGGAGUUGUGCUGCUGUCUGGGCUGUAGGAGCGCUUCUAUCUCUGCCAGGGCUGUUCACUUCUGCUAGACCUUCUCAUUCCUCCAGUCAGACUGUGUGUACAGAUGCAUAUGAUCCCAAAACAGCUAACAAUUGGAGGCUGGGCACCAGAAUUCUCCGCCACACUUUGGGUUUUCUUAUCCCCUUGGCCAUCAUGCUGCCCUGUUAUGGAGUAACCAUCCGCCGCCUCCUUAACAUCCGUGGGGGGUUUCAGCGGCAACGAGCCAUGAGAGUGAUAGUGUUCGUGGUUGUUGCCUUCCUGCUUUGUUGGACACCGUACCACAUUGCGGUGAUGGCAGACACAUUUUUCAGGUUGGACAUAGUGCCGUACCAGUGCCCAGCAAGGAUGGCAGUGGAUCAGGCCAUGUUCACCACCCAGAGUCUGGGCCUGCUUCACAGUUGUGUCAACCCAGUCCUGUAUGCUUUUGUGGGAGAGAAGUUCAGGAGGAGGCUGUUUCAGAUCCUGAAGAAGAUGGGCAUCUUGAAGAGAACAUCAAUAGCAAGAAGCAGCAGGUCUUCAGUGUCAUCAGAAAUCACAUCCACGUUCAUGUGAGAACACCAAAGAGACGCUUCUGGACUCUCUGCAUGAGUUAAUACAUCAGUGCUGAUGUGCUGGACUCAAGCUGCCUUCAACAUUUCUCCAAAUUUGUAAAUGUGUUUUCAAGCUUUGUUAUAUUUUAUUUUUUUACUUUUAAAAAAUCUUGUUUAACUUGGUUUUGGUUUCACUCCAGCAAGUUAGGCUGCACAUGUCAACAUCAUAUUUUUGUGGUUACCCAUUUAAAUCCCCUCGCCCUCCUCAGUCACGUCUCAUUCUGAGGAAACAGUGGAAAACAUGUUUUUCAAGUGUGACAAUAUUUCAACACAGCAAUACCAUGUCACAACACCAAGACAAAACAUCCGCUGAUGGACACCUAGAGAUGCAGGAUCUUGAGUUACGAAAAUUCAGUGUUAGAUGUUGAACCGAUGUCAUCAAGUAUAGCAUUUAAAUGUGGAUAAUUAAACUGAUUUUCUAUGAUUUAAAUUUCCAAACUAAUGUGACUGUCCUUUGAAAGAGGGUUUUACUUCCAGCUCAAUUUUAUUGCACGGACUGCAGCAGAAACAUGAAACUAUCUUGUACAGUACUAUAUAUCUCCAUCCAUGUUUUUAUUUUAAUGUAUUUACAUUUCUUUUGUAACCUGUUUGAGGUUUAUGUAUAUUUAGCUGAAAACUGCAUGUUUUCAUUCACAUGCCAAACUAUAUGCAGUGUCUGUAUAGUUGCAAUCAUCAAUAAAGUGUUCUAUAAACACGUACA